AUGUCGGCAAGAUUACUGAAAAAAGUUCUGAAAGAACAAGAAGCUGCACUGCGGCAGCACGAGGAGGAGCUCUACAAUGGGCACGAGUCCGAAUCCCCCGAAUCUUCAGCCCCUCCCAAAAAUCCGUUCGAUCUUCUCGACGAUGAUAACGACGACGACGUCGUCGUCAACCCCGAUUCUGAUCAGGAGAAAGACAAUUCUGCCAAUGAGUCUUCAAUGGGAAAUAUUGAUGGCAAGCAUCCCUCUAUGUUAAAAGCUACCAUUCACAAAGUUUCCACAUCUGAUGUCAAAACGAAGAAGAAGAAAAAGAAAAAGAAGAAAAUCAAGGAAGAUUUGUCUGCAAGUGCCGAAAAUGAUGAAAUAUCUUCCGGUCUGAUGUUAGAAAAUUUGUCUUUGGGAACUAGCUCUUAUGGUAAUGAACGGAUUACAUCUUAUCCUGCAAAAGACAAGUCAGCAAAAGUAAAUAAUUAUGACAUCAUGGCAAAACACUGCAAAUCCUCUAUACUACAAAUUGAUCCUAAAUUUCUCAGGCCAGAAAAUGAGCUCCGAAGAAUCUUUGGCUCUAAGGUAGUGAAUUCAUUUGAAAGAAGUCAUCAUUCUGGAAGUUCAAGCAGUACGCAUGUUGGUAGACGUGGGAGUCAUAACCACAGGAGGACCAUUCUUGUUUCUCCAUCUGAACAUUGGCCCCGUUGGGGUGGAUCCUUGUCCAUGGAACUUAUGGAAACCAAAGAUGAAGUUCAUUAUUUCAGAUAUGUACACUCAUCCUCCUAUGGCCAAGCUCAGAGAGCAUUUGAAGCUGCCAAGGCAAUACAUGAUCUUAAUGGUAUUGCGAGUAUUCUAUUGUACCAUCCUUAUCAUAUAGACUCACUCAUCACGUUGGCGGACUACUUCAAAUUUUUGGGUGAACAUGAAAGGUCUUCCGAUGCUAUUGCAAAGUGUCUGUAUGCUUUGGAAUGUGCGUGGCAUCCAAUGUUUUCUCCUUUGUUGGGCAAUUUUCAAUUGAAAUAUGUCCAUGAAACCAACAAACCAUUAUUCUCAGCUCUUUUCACUCACAUGAAAAACAUGGAUAGGCGUGGGUGCCACCGAUCUGCCCUUGAAGUUUGCAAGCUGUUACUUUCUCUAGAUCUAGAUGAUCCGAUGGGAGCCAUUUUCUGUAUUGACUACUACUCUUUGAGGGCUGAGGAGUAUUUCUGGCUAGAACGCUUUUCUGAAGAAUAUAAAGGCGGUAAUUCCCUGUGGUUAUUUCCAAAUUUCUCUAUUUCCCUAGCUGUGAGCCGGUUUUACCUUGAAAGUCAUGAAGGUUUAAAGGAGAGAAAAAUGGAUAAUGGAAAAGCUGCUGCUUCUGAUCUCAUGAAGCAGGCUUUGAUGCUUCACCCUUCAGUCUUAAAGAAAUUGGUAGUGAAGGUUCCGUUAAAAGAUCCUGCAUGGAACACUAUUCUCAAGCAUAGUUUCUUUGGGCCUGGGCACACAGGAAUUCCGUCCUUGGAUCACUUGAUUAAUAUAUACGUUGAGAGGAGUUACAUAUUAUGGAGGCUCCCUGAUCUACAGAAGUUUCUUCGGGAUUCUGCACUUUUGGUGAUCGAGACACUGAAAGAUAACGGAAGGGAAGCUCGGGAUUGGGCUUGUGUAAGAAAAGAAGCUUUCUCAUCAGAGAAGAAUGAGUACUCUCAUUUGUUGGUGUCAGAUUUCUCCGAUUCCAUGCCAACAAUGCCACCUGAUAACCUACAAAAUUUUAUGGUUGAUCCUAGGGAAGGAUUACAGAAUGGGGAAGAAUUGCCCAACCCACCCGACUUAACCAAUCGGAAUAUGCUUUCAGUUUUAUUAGAAUCUGUGUUACCAUGGAUUAAUUAUGGAAGAGGAGACGGCGAUGGUUCCCAGCAUGACCACCCUGAUCAAGCAGACGAACACUAG